CGCACUAUAGCCCACCUACGGGCGACAACAACAACAAAUAAGACCACUUCCUAUGCCGGCUGGGACUACGAUAAUGUUACAUUUUGUGUCAUGUUUCUCAGCCCAUUUGGAACACGGGUUGUACCGGUUAGGCGCGAAUGCGUCCAUGUCGGUGAGGCCGUGUCUCGCAUAUCCGCACCGGGUGAGAGACCUAGUACUUGCAGUGACUCCCACCGCAAAACAGGUGGCAAGCACGUGCGAAUUGGCUAUCACCUAGUGCCAUCCCCAAGCUAACAAAAAUUAAAGGUCCGAUUCUUCGGCGGUGACUCUCUCCCUUCAUCUUCCCAUCAACAACCAAACAUCACCCGCCUAUGAUGCCUUCACUUCAAGACCCUUCCGUGGUCCCUGUGGCUACCAAUGGCGCCGUCAAUGGCACCAAUGGAGUGGAAACCAGGCCUCACACACCCACCAGCACUAUGGCCCUGACUGAGUACAGCGCCAACCCGUCGACGCCGUCCGAGGAGAAGCGCGCUCGCAUCAAGCAGAUUGUCCCCGAAGAAUUUCUCCUGCCCACAGGAUACCCCGACUACCUCCGACUCAUCGCCAGCGCUACCUCGAGAGUCUACGAGGCCUGCAAGGUCACGCCAUUGACUCACGCCAUUAACCUGAGCAACCGCCUCGAGUGUAACGUCCUGCUCAAGCGCGAGGAUGAGCAACCCGUCUUCAGCUUCAAGCUGCGCGGCGCCUACAACAAGAUGGCCCACCUCGAUCCCGCCGUGAGCUGGAAGGGUGUUGUCGCCUGCUCGGCCGGUAACCAUGCCCAAGGCGUCGCCUUCUCCGCCCGCAAGCUCAAGAUCCCUGCCACUAUCAUUAUGCCCGAGGCCACACCGAGCAUCAAGCACAUGAACGUUGCCCGGCUAGGCGGCCACGUCGUCCUGCACGGUGCCGACUUCGACGCUGCCAAGGAGGAGUGCGCGAGACGGGAGAAGCAGGAUGGACUCAUCAACAUCCCUCCCUUCGACGAUCCAUAUGUCAUAGCCGGUCAAGGUACCAUUGGAAACGAACUCUUCGGUCAGGUCAACAUGGCCAAGGUGGAGGCUAUCUUCUGUUGCUGCGGAGGAGGUGGCCUCAUUGCAGGAAUCGGCCUCUACGUCAAGCGAAUGGCUCCUCAUGUCAAGAUCAUUGGCGUCGAGGCCUAUGAUGCCAAUGCCAUGGCCCAGUCCCUCAGAAAGGGCGAGCGGGUGCUGUUGAAGGAAGUCGGCCUGUUUGCUGACGGUGCUGCCGUCAAGACUGUCGGCGAGGAGACCUUCCGCAUUGCCAAGGAGGUCGUGGAUGACGUCGUUGAAGUGACCACCGACGAGAUUUGCGCCGCUAUCAAGGACAUGUACGACGACACCCGUUCAGGCCUGGAGCCUGCCGGUGCCAUGUCCAUUGCCGGUUUGAAGAAGUAUGUUGCCCAGAACCCUUCUAGGGACUCGAAGAGGACUCUCAUCGCCGUGACCUCGGGUGCCAAUAUGAACUUUGACCGCCUCAGAUUCGUUGCUGAGCGUGCGACUCUGGGUGAGGGCAAGGAGGCUCUCCUGGCUGUUCAGAUCCCUGAACGCCCCGGCGCGUUUUCCGAGCUCGUCACCACCAUCAUGCCACAUGCUGUUACCGAGUUCUCCUACCGAUAUGCUAGUGACGACGUGGCCAAUAUCCUGAUUGGUUUGUCUCUGACGGCCCCCGCUGACCAGCGAUCCGAGGAGCUCAGCAAUCUCAUGGACCGCAUCAAGUCUGAUGGUAUGAAGGUGACAGACCUUUCCGGCGAUGAACUCGCCAAGAGCCAUAUCCGAUACCUGGUUGGCGGCCGAUCUGGUGUGCCAAACGAGAGGUUGUACAUGUUCACUUUCCCCGAGCGGCCCGGUGCGCUGGAGAAGUUCCUGGUAACUCUCCGUGUCAAGUUCAACAUCAGCCUGUUCCAGUACCGUAACUACGGUGGUGAUGUGGGCAAGAUCGUGACGGGUAUCCUGUGCCCCGAUGACGAAGUCCCCGAGCUUGAGAAGUUCCUGCGCCGGAUCGGCUAUCCUUACGAGGAUUGCACCAAUUCGGAGGUGUUUAAAACAUUUUUGCGCACUUAGAGACAGGGGGGUGAGUGAGCCAUAUAGAGAGUGGGAGAAGAUUCGAGUUCUGGUUGAACAUUUGGCGUUUUGGAAAAACGGGGAAAUUUCGAAAGGCCAUAUUUUCUGAUUCAUUUCAGCGUAUUGUUUUAGUGCAGAUAGAUUGGUAAAUUGACGUGGGUACCGAGAGAACUGGACAAAUAUAAUGUCAGUUUGCGAAGUGGAGUUUCAUUGAUCAUAAGAAUGUGACCU